GGAGGAAGAUGGAGCAGGCCUUUUGGUGGUCACACCCACAUCAGGUUCACACCAUUCAUCAGCACUCUGUCAGCUGGCAGUCACAAGGUACAGCGGAAUCCCCACCCUGCAUAUUCCACUCAUAUAGUUACCCGCUCCUUCACCCCAGCCCCCCAGGAGACCAGUGUCCCCCAUGGACCAUUCUCCCCUGCAGCUGCCCUCCCCAUCUCCAGCCCCACCGUCUCCAAGUUGCAGCCGGAUACCCCGGUCUGUCCCCACAUGCACCUCCUCUGUGACAUCCUUCCUUAUACCGCUCAGCCCCUCUCCCCUCCACCCAGCCACCAGAGGAGCCCAAAGAGGAGGUCUCUAGGGCCGACCGGACCAUUAGGCAGCCCAAAGCCCAGUUCAGCUCCACAGACACCUCCACUGAAGAGCCCACUAGUAAACAUGAGUCCUCUUCACCACUGCCCGCAUCACGUCGGUGAUGCGGACCAUGCUGAGAGGCCCAGCUAUACAGAUUGGAGUGUGAGCCAACACAGCACCAGAUGUAAAGACAGGGUCACCCCAUGGAGGGAGGAGCCCAGCAGAGACUGGGGGCAACAGGAAAGCAGGCCAGGGGUAGUGAGAGAGGGCCGCCCUGGAGAUCGUGCUCAAUCACCCUCUCCCAUACACAUUACCCUGGGACAGGUAGUUUCAGAGGUAAUGUUCCUGACCAUGGACUCCCCGGACCCGCCCAGAACCCCUGUGUCCUCUGACUCUCCCAGAUAUGUGCCCCCGCAGUCCCCUGCCCCGCCUCCCAGUGCACAGCAGCCCCGGGAGGUCGUAGCUCAGCUGCUGCAGGAGGCUGAAGAUUCAGACGAGCAAGAGUUUAAAGACGACCCCUUACUGAAUGUCUUAAGGCAGCAGAGGAUGGGUGAAGGAGCAAAUCAGCGAGGUGGACUCACUGUUGGAUGAAUUCCAGGAAGCGUGAUCACUGGUGGUGAGCACACACAUGGAACAAAAACAACAAUCAAUUCAACAGCAUUUUUAUUUUUGUACCGAAAUAUAGUGUAUAUAUUUUUGUUAACAAAUUCUCUUUUUACAAUGAAUAGUUAAAUAUACAACAACCUUACUGUUGGGUUUUGUGAACAUACUUGAUAAUCUGAGUGUUAAAACCUUUACACAUGAUUUUGAGGGCAUUAGACACAAUCAAAUCAACAUUUUCAAUGGUUUUAUAUCAUAUUUACAAUGAAUGGUUCCAUAAAAUUAUUAAGAUUGAUGAGUUAAAUGGGAUUCUUUAGGAUGAGGGAUGCUUUUAAAUGAGCGAUCUGUCCUGUUAAUAUGUACAAACCUCAUUUUAAUGCUGUGACAGCUUAGUUAAUGGGUGUUUUGGUACAGGCAGGCACCAGCUCCUUGGUGAGUGUUUGAUAUGUCUGUUGGAGGAGAGCGUGCCUGUAUUUUUGCUUCUAUCCUUAUUUGGUGUGUGUACAGUUUACCAAGUUACCAAUUACUUCACACUGGAAGAAGUUAAGAUACCCAUAACUACUUUUAUUUUCUUUAACUAAAGUUAAUUUGAAAAAUUGCUAAUUUCUUUGCGAUAAACUAUUUUAAAUUUGAAAUGUCAGACUACAAAUUGCAAGAACAGAUCACUCUGGAGUAAGAUGUUAACAGAAUGUGUAAUUUAGCAUAUUAAACAACUGUUUCAAAUGACAA